AUGGGUAAACAACCUAAGCGGAAACUUCUUGAUUGUUCUUCGUCUGCUUCCACGUCUGCUGCUGCUGUUAUCAGAAGUUACCGUCAUAAACGUAUGGUUAGUGGUACUGAUGCCUCUGUGUUGCCUAUUUAUUACGAUUGUGGGGAUUGUGAUUGUGUUUGUGCGUUCUGUGGAACUUUCUUUUGGUACAUUGAAAUGAUUGCCAAUUUAUCACUUGUUGACCAUCCUAGGGCAUUGGAAGAGAUCUUGCCCACAAUAUCUGCAAGAUAUCAAGGAUGGCAAAGUGAAGCCAUCUUCGGCAGGGUCUAAAGGAAAGUGAGGAGAUAGAGCGAGGAAGGAUAAACCUGAUCAUGGGAAACAGAAAGUCUUCACCAGUAACCAAGAUCGGAGUUUAUCAGCUUCUGCUUAGUAAUGAUGUUAGAUUAGAUUUAAUAAAUUGUUGCUAUUCGUCUGAGAUGACGAGAAACAUUAUUUCAUUUCAUGCAUUGUUCAGACAAGGUUUUACAUAUUCUUUUAAU